AUGGUUGAUGAGGCUGGUUGUGUUCAAGAAUCAAGUGACAUGUCUAUUUCAAGUGAUGACGAUGGCAUCCAGCAACAGAAGAAAAGCAGUGUGGAACUUGAACAGGACGACGGUACAGCUGUAGCAGAUGUGUUACUUGAAGAUCCUGAAUUAGGGAUGACAUUUGAUACUGAGAAUGAUGUGCGAGAGUACUACCAAAAUUAUGGUAAAGCAAAAGGGUUUGGUGUGACAAGAAGAAGCUCAAACAGAGAUGAAAAGGGAGAAUUAAAAUACCUUACACUUUGUUGCUCUCGUCAUGGUAAGACUGAGUCCAACUCAAAAAAUAUGUUGAAGCCAAAUCCAACAGCUGGUUUAGGAUGUAAAGCUAAAGUUAAUAUUGUUCGUGGUCUGGAUGGAAAGCUUCAUAUUUCUACGGUCAUUUUGGAUCAUAAUCAUACAUUAAGUCCACAUAAAUCUCGGUUAUUUAGAUGCAACAAAAGGUUGGACUUGCAUGCGAAGCGAAGGCUUGAGUUGAAUGACCAAGCUGGAAUACGAGUGAACAAGAACUUCAAUUCUCUUGUUGUGGCAGCGGAUGGUCAUGAAAAUCUGACUUUUGGUGAGAAAGAAUGCCGCAAUUAUCUAGAGAAAACAAGAAGGUUGAAACUAGGAAGUGGUGAUGCUGAGGCCGUUCGUGACUAUUUUAUAAAAAUGCAGUCAGACAAUCCAAACUUUUUUAGUGUGAUGGAUGUUGAUGAUGAAUCCCGACUUAGGAAUGUCUUUUGGGCUGAUGCAAGAAGUAGAGCAGUUUAUGACUCCUUUGAUGACGUUAUAACUUUUGACACGACAUACUUGGUGAACAAAUAUGAUAUGCCAUUUGCUUCCUUUGUUGGAGUGAAUCAUCAUGGACAAUCUGUGUUGCUAGGAUGUGCUUUAUUAUCAAAUGAAGAUACUCCCACAUUUGUUUGGUUAUUUCAAGCAUGGCUGACAUGUAUGUCAAAUCGUCAACCAAGAGCUAUUGUUACCGAUCAAGCAAAAGCAAUUCAGAACGCGGUAGAAAUAGUUUUUCCAGAUGCUCGAUAUAGGUGGUGUUUGUGGCAUAUAAUGAAGAAGCUACCUGAGAAGUUAGGUGGAUAUGAGGAAUAUGAGUACAUCAAGACUGCAAUUGGGAAAGCAGUUUAUGAUUCGUUAACAAUUACAGAUUUUGAAAGUUCUUGGAUGCGGUUGCUUGAGAGGUAUAAUAUUGCUGAUAAUGAAUGGCUUAAAGGGCUCUAUGACAAUAGGCACCGUUGGGUUCCAGCAUUUGUGAAAGAUGCCUUUUGGGCAGGCAUGUCCACUACACAACGUAGUGAGAGUAUGCAUGCCUUCUUUGAUGGGUAUGUUAAUGCCAAGACAACAUUAAAACAUUUUACUAGUCAAUAUGAGAAUGCUCUUCGUGAUAAAGUUGAGAAGGAGAUACUUGCUGAUUUUAGUUCUUUCCAUUCAACCAUACCUUGUAUCACACACUUUGACAUUGAGAAGCAGUUUCAAGCAGUCUAUACAAAUUCGAAGUUCAAAGAGUUUCAAGAGGAGCUAGCACACAUGCUGUAUUGUGACCGGAACUUUAUACAAAAAGAAGGGGCGAUAGAAACGUUCAAAAUAAUCGAGGAUGUGCUAAUUGACAAAGAUGAAGGAUGGAGAAAAGAUUAUGUGUACCAUGUAUAUUUCAAUGCGGAAGAGUUCGAAGUUAAGUGUUCAUGUCGCCGUUUUGAGUUCAGAGGUAUUAUCUGUAGGCAUGUGUUAUGUGUGCUGACUCACAAGAAAAUCAAGCAGGUUCCUUCACAGUACAUCCUUGAUCGUUGGAGAAAACAUGUGAAAAGAAAGCACAACUUUAUUCGGUGCACAUAUGGUGGCAUGGAUUCCACUCCUGUUGCAAAACGUUUUGACAAGUUGUGCAAUAUUUUUUUCCCAGUUGCAGAGCUAGGCGCCAUGUCAGAGGAUUCAUGCAAUUCUUUAAUUGAACAAAUCCGCAGUCUGAAAAUUGAACCAUCUAGUAACUCAAGUUCUGAGAAUAAUAAGGAGCAGCAUGGUACACAGGAAGAUGCACCUUCUAAUGGGGAGAAUACAAGUAAGGCCAUAUUAAGUCCUAUAGCCGUUAGAUGUGCCGGACGUCCUCCUUCAGUGAGAAAAGAAUCUAAGGUUGAUAAGCUUAUUCGUCAAGCAAGAGAAAAGAAGAAGAAAACUGAACAACGAGAGAAGAAGAAAGCUGCACAAAAGGAGAAGAAGGAAGCUGAAAAAAAGGAAUCUUUUGAAUUGGGCACUAGUUCUGGUAGCAUAAAUCCAACUAUUAAAACUCCACUCCCAUAUGGAACAUCUGAGGGAUUAGUUAACUUGGAUAUUAGUAGAUUUGACAUGAAUGCAACCAUGCAAGCUGCAGUACCAUAUGGAGCAAUUCAGGAAUCAUUUGAAAUUGGCAUUAGCAACAUAAAUCCAACAAUGACGGCUGCAUUACUGCCUGGAGGUUCAGCGCCUGUUGUUAUGCCUCCGAUUCUAGGAAAAUAUACAAGCAUGUUGUUUCAAGUUCAGCAAAACUCUACUGCUCUAUCCAGUUCACCACAAUUACAUUAUACUGAAAUCAGAGAGCCCAACGAUGCGAUGGAUCAGAGUUAG